UUUACUCUAAUAUCUAUGAUUAAAAUCAUUGACUUGAACCACGCCUUAAACAAUGACUUGGCAGAUUGGUGGAGGUGUAGUGACUCAUGUCUGCUGUUGCUGCUGCUGAAUGCUCUGACUAACUACUACUACCGCGAAGACUUAAUUUUGUGAUAGGUCAGUCCGGUCCCCUUAUCUUAUUAUUGUGUUCGUCAUUUUGCUUAUGGUUUAACGAGGAAUGGCUGUGCGUCAGUGGAUUCCUGAUAUGCAUCAACCUGCUCUUGUCUGUACCAGCUGUUUUCAUCCGGCAGACACUGCUCUUUACACUAUUGGUUGCAGGAGACCAGAUAUUCAUAAAUCAGGGUAUUACUGGGCAAUAAUAAAUAAAGGAAUUCUAGUACCAUUGCUCGAUAAUGCUCAUCAGAAUGGUUCAAUUUACAAUUAUCCUCUGAAAGAACCAGAUACCAAAAGUUUACAUAGUUCAUACAGGGAAUCUCAACCUUCAUAUGAUGACAUGAAGCUACCAAUCACAACAGACCACUAUAAAGCAAAGUUUACUGCCUUACUCUAUUAUGAAGAGCAGGAACAUAUUGAACUAUUAAAGAAGAAGUGUAAUGGUCAUUUUGUCUUACAAAAAUGUAGACCACCUUCAUUAAAUCGUGAUGAGAAAAGCUAUCCCCCUCAUUUCUAUUGUCUACAAGGAAUGUCAUCAGCACAGAUCAUGUAUGCUACUCAAGCCAGCGAUCGACACGUUACUAUUAGCAUUGGUCAACAUAGCUAUGCAGCAAACAUUCUGAGUUGUAAUUAUUCAUACAUUGAUGAUAAGCUAUACAUUUGUUUCGAUGAUAGCAUUAGGAAUCAGUCUUUUUUAGAAGUCACUGCAAAAUUUGACGUUAAUCACAAUUAUUUUGUUGGCCUCAAUGAAGGAGUGAAGAGGAUUAGCUUAAAAGUGAUACGUCGUCUUAUACCUACACCAGAAGAUUUUAAAAGCCGUCCAAGAGAUAUUGCCAUUAACAUUAGAAGGCACCCAUAUGGAGGAAUUGAUCUUGAUCCUGAGCAGUAUCCUGCAUUAGAAGCAAUACUCAGUAACCAGUGUUCAGCUCCUGUACUUGUACCUGGUGCUUUUGGCUGUGGUAAGACUCGUCUUCUUGCUGUGGCUACAGAAUGUUUCUUCAGAGAGCAUCGUGAGACUGGUCACCCUUCACCUUGUCGUAUUUUAAUCUGUUGUCAUCAUCAACAUUCCGCUGAUGUUUUUAUGGAUAAUUAUUUUAGCAAAAUGCUGUCACACUCUUGGCCAGUAAAAGUUGUACGUGUUACAAGCUCACGGCAUCGUGUUAGUUAUCCUGGUUAUGUGCAAGCUGCCCAUUUUGAUAAUUCACAAUACAAGAAUGAAAAUUCCUUUCUAUUGGUCACAACAUUUGGAGGAGCCCUGACAAUAUCUAGACGGGUUGAGCCUGAUUUCUUUACUCAUAUUCUAAUUGAUGAGGGAGCUCAAACUCGCGAACCUGAAGCUCUUAGUCCAUUUCUAAUGGCAAAUGAGAAUACUCGUAUUGUUAUUGCUGGAGAUCAUCAACAGGUUGGACCUCAACUUCUUGUUCUUGGUAAAGCUCCUCAGCAGUUUGGUUUAUGUGUGUCACUGUUGCAACGACUACUAGAGAAGUAUAAAUCUAUUGGAGACAUUACCAAGAGGAACACUCCAUCAUGGAAUAUUAAUUAUCGCUCACAAGCUGACAUUUUAGAACUACCUUCUAAGUUAUUUUAUAACUCAGAGCUGAGAGCUUGUGGUAGAAUACCAUACCACCUCAAGGCUCCUUAUCCUUAUGUUUUUAUAUGUUCCAGUUUUACUAAUGAUAUUCCAAUUGAUGCUCAGUGUGCUGUAGAGGCUGAUAGACUCCUUCAAGCAGUGCAGCUACACAGUGACAAGUUCAAAAGCUGGGAACUGAAAGACACUUGCAUUAUGACUCCAAGUUUGAAACAGGCAAACCUUAUUAAAAAAUUGAUAAAGACUAAAUUCAAUAAUUUAGAAGGCGUCAAUGUUAUCACCAGUUAUCAAAUGCAAGGGCAGGAGUACCGUAUGCUUUUCAUGAGUACUGUUGAAAGUUUAGAGUCCAAUGGUCGACCAUUUGAUCCUUUGAAGAGUUUUUGUAAUCCAGCACUAUUUAAUACAGCAAUUACACGCUCUAAAAGUCUUGUAGUAGCUGUAGGUAAUCCUCUUGUACUACUAUUGUCUGAAGCUACUAUGGAUAAUCUUAAAUGGUGCUGGAGAGAGUUUAUUUCUAGAUGCCUUCGAAAUGAAACAUUUAAAAGUACUCCUUCUGACCGUGCUCAGUUUGACCAAGUAAAAGCACAGUUCUUUGACAUGCUAAAAUGUGAUAACACAACUGAUGUAAUGGAAUUGUUUCAAAAGAAGAGCUAUUCACAAAAUCAUUUUACAAAGCCUUCUCCACUACCUAAAGCUCCUGUGCUCACUACUCCUUCUAAAAUGCACUCGGCUCAACAGCCCAGUGGGUGGUCAUCAGGUACUCCACCUUCAGUGUUAUAUCAUCCAACUCAAGAUAGAAAGCAGCCAUCUUCUCAAGUCAAUCAAGACCUACCUUUUGAAAAAGAAGCAGCACAACCAUGGCCACAACUAGAUCUACCACCUUCUCUUCAAGAAAGUAAAAAGCAACUUACUUCUUCACCACAAGAAGCAAAGAUGCAUCAAUCUCCAACUAAACAACAGUCUCAUGUGUUUUCACAGCGUCAAGUCAAGCAACAGCAGUACUCAGCAGUUGAACAAAAGCCGCAUUUUGAAAUAGAACAACAGUAUACUUAUACAGAUAAGAAGCGGAAGUCUAAACAACCAAAAUCUACACACACAAAUAAUGCUCUGCCUCUAUCAAAACAAACUGGUCCAAAAAAAGCAUCUGCUCCUCAAACAUCAUUGUCUUUAAAGAAGCAAAAAGGAAGUAAUAUGGCAAUACAGUCUAAAGUAGGGCCACCAGUCCUUCAGCAGUUACCAACUGCCUCACCUCGACAGCAAAAGCAAUCUCCAUGGAGACCACUUGAACCUGUUGUUCCCAUUUCAUUACAAUCUACUGUGAAGCCUUCAAAAUCCUCACCUGCAGUCAUGAGAACUAGUCAGAUCUCUUCAGAACAUUCCGAACCUCUACAAAAUCCUAGAAAUUUUAUUCUUGGUUCUUAUAUUAGUAAUAAGUUGGAGGAAACUUUAAAUUCAAUACAGAGUAGAUCUACAAAAGAAGCAGCAUCUCGAAAUAAGGUUCCUACUUCUGAAGCACUCAAGACAUCUAUUUCAAUGCACUCCUUCAAAGACCAUGCCCACCGCCCUAUUAAUAAAGAGCUACUAGCUGCUACAUUAACUCCUGGCAACUAUAAGGAAAAGUUUCACCAGUUAUUGUGUCGGGAAGAAGAUGAACAUGAGAGGAUUCUUAGAGAAAAGUGCAAUGGUUUCUAUGAUUUAAAGUUGUCAAGUAUUGACAAAUGUGUGAAGUGGCACUUUGAGUGGUAUCAAAACAAAUAUAAAUUAUUUUGUACAAUAUCAAACACACAACUUAAUGCUGAUACAAUAGCUUAUGCUAUGCAGGCAAGUGAAGGUAUAGUUAUUCUCCAUUUGCCUACUGGAGAUUUACAAGCAGAUAUUCUUCAGACAAAAAACAGAAGUAGCCUUUAUUUUCUACUAGGGCUUGAAACAAAUACUGGAGUUACACAACAAUCAAAUGUCAAUGUGACAUUUAUUUUAAAAUUUUCCUAUUUUGAUCGUCUUCAUCGAGCCUUAGAUAGUUUGCCUCUAGCUGUACUUAAUCGUUUAAUGCCAAAUGACCCUUGUCAUUUUAGUAAUGUGGUGUUGAAUGAAGAAGAUAUUCCUCCUCCAGUUUCGUGUGUCCAUGACAUAGUCAAAUUAGAAUAUUCGCAGAGGAAAGCUCUUAAGUCUAUAAUGAGUUGUGAAGCUAACAAAGCACCUGUUUUAAUCAUAGGUUCAUUUGGAACUGGUAAAACUCAAUUGCUCGCUCGUGCUGCAUAUCAAGUAUUGAAACAAAAUCGAAAAAACAGGAUUCUAAUCUGUGCCCAUCAUCAACGCUCUGCAGACACAUUUAUGACCAAUUACUUUUCGAAGAUGAUUGCUUCAGGUUGGUACUGUGGUAAAGUUGUUCGUCUGAUGGCAACCAGAGAUUAUUAUGCUCCUUUAAAUUGUGCGAAGUAUUACGCUACCAUCAGAGAUAAGCGUUUCAGAAAUGGGAUGGAAAAAAUUAGCUUGAUUGUCACAACAUUUUCUACAUCACUUCAUAUGCUUGGAGUUGUUCCUGAAGGAUUUUUUACCCACAUUCUGUUGGAUGAAGGUGCUCAAACUCGAGAACCUGAAUCUGUUGCUCCACUUUGUUUAGCUGAUGGUAAUACACAAAUUGUAAUUGCAGGAGACCACAAACAAGUUGGUCCCUCAUUGUUAGUGCUUGGUGAACUAGCUAUAAAAAAUGGCCUUAGCCUGUCAUUGUUGGAGAGGCUUUAUACUGUUUAUAAUGAUGAGAGGCUGAUUGAUGCUUCAUUGGUACACUCAGCUACUCUUCUCACUAAUUUUAGAUGUCAUCAUGCUCUACUGUCUCUUCCAUCUUAUUUAUUUUAUGAUUCUUCAUUGAUUACCGCUGCUGAAGCUGUGACUCAUCUUCAUCCUGAAGCUAAGUACCCUCUUCAUUUUAUAUGCUCAAAUCUUACUGAAGAAAAAGAAAUCCGUGCUAACAGUAAUGAGUUUGAAGUCAUAAAGUUGUUAGAAGAAUUGAGUAAGUAUGUUAAAAGCUGGCCUAAUGAAUGGGGUAAAAAGGAUCUUUCUAAAAUUUGUGUUAUGACAACAACAGCUCACCAAAAAUAUUGUGUCAUUCAAGCUUUAUUUCGUUAUUCACAUCUUGAAGAUAUUGAUGUUCGAACUGUUUUUGAUAUUCAAGGUUGUGAGUAUGAGGCAAUUUUUCUUAGUACAGCAGAGCCUACUACAAAAGAAGGCAAAUCUAAAAAUCCAACCAAGACACCUUGCAGUCAAUAUGUAUUUAAUACUGCAUUAACACGUGCUAAAUCACUUGUAGUGUGUGCUGGUAAUCCGUUUCUGUUGAUGACAAUAGAAGAAAGCAUGGGUAAUGAAUGCUCUUGUUGGAAAGAGUAUAUUAGAAGGUGUAUACUUUCUAAAACAUUUGUAGUACGUUUGAAAAGGAAGGAUGAAGCAAAUAAAGCCUUCAUUGGUGAUAAAAUUAAAAUGUUACAAGAGAUAAUUUUUAAGUUGUCACCUGCAAGUGGGUCUUUUUCUGUUAAAGAUAGCAUAUUGAAAUCAUUUCAACAAGCAUUAAAAUCUAUACCACAGUACAAAAACUGCAAAUUGAGAAUUGUUCAAGAAGUACGUGAACAUUGGAAUAUUAUAGACUCGAGUUCAUCUGACACAAAUAAAAUAGAAUCUGAUGUUGAAGAGAAUGAAGGUGAAAAAGAAGGUGUUUUUGAUUGUGAAUUGCAAAUAAAAAACUAUCGCUCAGCAAUUGCAAUUCCUCUUGAUCAAUCAAAGGAGCCCAUAGUUAUUAAUGGGUUUAAUAAUAGAAGAGGAGCUUUCAACAAUGAUAUAGUACAAGUGGAAGUUACUGUAUUUAAUUCUCAUUCUGCAUCUGGUGAUGAUGAAGCUAUAGUUAAAAGGUCUGGUAGGGUAUUAAAAGUUAUUGAAGAGCAGCAUCCAACUAGGUAUGUAUGCCGUGCUGAUCAAUAUGGCCUCAUUAACUUUUAUCCUCUUGAUAAAACUGCUCCCGUCAUUGUUAACCUUCCAAUAAUAUCCUACAAUCUUCUUCGAUAUCGUCCUAAGGAUGACCAGGCCCCAAUGGUGCAUGAUUACAUUGCAGUGUUUAAAGAGGAGUCACUCUCAGUCUCACCUAAUGAUCAGAUUCCUUGUAUUAAGGAGCUCAUACCGUUUGAAUUGUCACAGAGUCUCUUGUUUGUUGUUGAGGUCCUCGGUUGGAACCCAAAAUACAGAAAAGCACUAGGAGCUGUCAUUGAAGCUGUUCCACGUACAUCAAACCUUUUCUUUACUAAUCACUUGCUUAGCCUUGUAUAUAACAUCCAAGAAGAAGAUGAAGAAGUACAUGCACCACUUCAACCUCCAAUUAAACCUAAAGAGCUUCGUCAUUAUAAUCGAGCAUUUACAAUUGAUCCUCCUUUAUCUAAAGAUUUGGAUGAUGCAGUCAGUUUGACACCUCUUCCUCAAGAUGGCAAUUAUGAGCUUGCAGUUCUUAUAGCUAAUGUUGCCAAGCAUAUAAAUGAAAACCAUCCAUUAGACAUGAAAGCUAAACAGAGGGGGACAUCUGUAUAUAGUGCUAAACAGAGUGGUACAUCAAAUGGCAUUGGACGAGUGAGUCACAUGUUUCCAUCCAGUAUCACAUCUCAAUUGAGCCUUGACCAUUUGAAAGAGCGACAUGUUUUAUGUGUACCUGCUACAGUUGUCAUAAAAGAAGGAGUGGUAACUAGUGUAGUGUCAGGCAAUCCAAGGGAAGCAAUAGUCACUUCUCAAGUACGAUUCACUUAUGAAUCUGCUAUGAAGGUAAUGCAUAAUGAAGAGGUUGAUGAUCUUGAAACAAGAAGGCAAGUUCAUGUAUUUGAUACUACCAGUAGACCAAGCUUACUCAUGGCUGAUACUCUUAAUCUACUGUAUAAGAUAGCUAUGUACUUACGCAUUAAGAGGUUAGGUGAUGCUGGUUACUGUUAUGGCCAGUCUGAGGAAGGUGAAGAGGGUAACUGGCAGACUCAUCUUCUUAUAGAAGAAUUAAUGAUAUUCUGUAAUGCAACAGUAGCUGAAUAUCUUCAUGAGAGACUUCCACAACAAACUGCACUCUUACGAGCUCAAAUGCCACCUUUAGAAGAAGAAAAGCAUAAUUUUAUUAAUCAAAAUCAAAACUGCCUGUCUCAUUCCCUGUCUUUUAAGUGUCAUUUAAGGGAUUCAUCUAGUGAAGCAGGUCCUUUUAUUAUGUCUAGCACAACACUUCAGCUACUUAUUGAUGCAUGUUCUAAAGGAGAUCACAUUCAAUUAGCUUCAAUUCUUAGCAAUAAUAAGCUUUAUCCACAACUAGCAAUGGCCGAGACUAUGUCGCGAUUGAUCAGCAGAAAAGCAAGUUAUGUUGUGAUUGAAAACAGUAAAAAUCAUAUCUGUGCUAAUCAUGCUCAUAAUAGCCUUGCAUUACCAUCAUAUACACAUUUUACAUCACCUAUAAGGAGAUACUUUGAUUUGGUAGUGCAAAGAUUAGUAACAUCACUCAUUGAAGGAAGACCUAUAGCAGAGAAUUCUGACCUUGCAAAGUUGUGCUCUCAACUUAAUGUCAAGAACAAAAUGGCUAAAGAUUAUGAAAGGGCUGAUAAUAAAGCAUGUAUAACCAGAAGCUGUGAGAUCUCACUAGAGAAAGCCGAGGCUUUUGUAAUCAAAUCUUCCAAGAAAAGCAAUCAUGACUCAUUUGAGUUAUCUUUCACUUCAAGUCAUUAUGAGUGUAUUCAUGGUCAAGACACAUCAUUUAGCAUAUCAGAUCUUAAUUUUCAUCACAAAAUUGAAGAUGGAGCUACUAAAUCUAUUGUAUGGAAAAUAGUUUCAGUAUCAUUGCUCCAAUCAUUCAGCCUCUUCUCUCAUCUUGAUGUAUUUGAUAUGCCUCCUGCUACUCUCAAAGCUCCUCAUUGCUCCAUUGCUGCUAAAAUGUAUCAAUAUACACAAGGGCUUGAAGAAGGAGAACCACAGCUUCAUUAUUCUAAUGCUAAUUUUGCAGUUCGUGAUAAAGAUGUUACUUUUAGUUCAGAACGCUGGCUUGUAACACACCAGUAUCUUAAGUGUCAAAAUGAAGACAAUUUAAAAAAAAUAAGAAGCUUAAUUCUCCAAUUGCAACAAGAAGCCAGUAAAGACAAGCCACAGUCAAAAAGAGAUGAAGAGAGUGUUGCAAUAACGUAUGAAAUUCAACGACCUUUUAUAGCUAAUGAUACAGUCACAGUUUGGCUAGGAAAGUCUCUUAAAGAGUGUCUCCCAACACCAGCUAUUCAAUUAAUGGAGAUAGCACCAACAGUUCGUGUGUGCCUUCAACACAACAAGAAUCCUUCUCUCUGCUUCUCUGAUAUCCAGCUACAGAAAGCAUCACAUGAUACAGCAUAUCACUCAAUAGAACAGUAUGUACAGCUUUGGAUUAAGGUGUUAAUUGCUGAGUCUGCUAAUGAAAGUGUCAAGACAAAGAAUCUUAUAUUUAUCAGACAUGCUCCUCUGAAGUGGAAUAAAUUUACUCUAGCUGAUAAUUGUGUUGAUGAUCUUUACUAUGUACCAGAAGAUGAAGUUUCCCUUGCCAUACCUCCUAAGAAUCAAGACUCAUUGGAUUUCAUUAGUAUCAAAUCUGGUGACUUCCUUUGUGUUCGAUAUGAGAUUAGUGAUAGUCUCAAUGCUGUCUAUCACUUUGUUGUGACUAUAGUGAAGCGACAUGAAAAUAAGAAAGCAAAUAAAAAGGAUGAUGAAGACAUUGUAAUAAAAAUGAGACCUCAUGGUGAUUAUUCAUGUAGAGUCACAGAGAAUAUGCAUCAAGAAUUAAAAAAAGGAAACCAAACUUGUGAGAUACAGCUAAUACCAAUGCCAGAUUCUUUUCACCGAGUAUAUGAAAGAUUACAGGAAGCAUCAACUGAGUGGUCUAACCGAGCUAAAAUUAUAGCAAUUUCUGAUACAAAAUCAAAAGGCUUUAAUACAAUUGCACAGCACUGUGAUAUUUCCCUGAAAGUAUUUAAUGAUGAUCCACUGGCAAAGCAACUAUGGAAAGGAGAGGGUGGCACUGAAUUGAAUACUAUACAGCAAGAUUCAAUUAAAAGAGCACUAAGGAAUAAUUUUCAAUUGAUUCAAGGACCACCAGGUGUCUGCCGCAUGACAAAAUGUGACAUGUUUAUACUAUUCUAUUUUCUAAUAAAUUGGCUCCAAAAGUACAGGAAAGAGUGAGACUGGGGCUCAUUUGGCUUACAUUUUCUCAAUUACAAAUAAAGAAAUAUCUGAAGAAGACCCAUUGUGUUGUAAAAAAAAGUCAGUACUGUA